GCGGCGCGUUAAAGGUCUUUGAGGCUUCCUGCUGCUCCGCUGCCUACUAUUACAAAGCAGCCUUCAGUCAGCAUCACGGGACUAUUGGACUUCAUCGCUGAGCUUUUCCACACAACUUUGCACAUUUUUCACGUUUUUUUUUGCCAAGAUGAGCAGGAUCUAAGUGUGUUUGUUUGCCAAGACGAGCAGGAUCGAAGUGUGUUUGUUUGCCAAAGACGAGCAGGAUCGAAGUUUGCCUGAUGAGCACAAUUAAGAACAUCUGGCACUGAUGGCAGUGAUGGCGAACGAGAGCUGGCCUUCAUACGUUCCACAUUAUCUCCUCCGGGGUGAUCCCUUCGCUUCCAGACUGUCGAAGGAGGCGGACCUUGUUGCAGCGUUGUACAUCUGCAUCAUAGGUAUCAUGUCUGCCACGGGGAACGGUUAUGUUUUAUAUAUGACCUUCAAGCGCAAAAGCAAACUGAAGCCUCCGGAGCUCAUGACUGUCAACCUGGCUCUCUUCGACUUUGGCAUAUCAGUGACAGGAAAGCCCUUUUUUAUUGUUUCUAGUUUUUCCCAUCGCUGGUUGUUUGGUUGGGAGGGCUGUCAGUUCUACGGCUGGGCAGGCUUCUUCUUCGGAUGCGGGAGCCUCACCACCAUGACCGUGGUCAGCUUGGACAGGUACCUCAAGAUCUGCCAUCACAGAUACGGGACGUGGUUGAAGCGGCACCAUGCCUUCUUGUGCUUGAUCUUUGUGUGGAUGUAUGCAGCCUUCUGGGCCACCAUGCCCCUGGUGGGUUGGGGACACUACGCCCCGGAACCGUUCGGGACUUCCUGCACGCUGGACUGGUGGCUGGCACAAGCGUCUGUGUCCGGCCAGACCUUUGUCAUGGCCAUCCUCUUCUUCUGCCUGAUACUACCUACCGGCAUCAUAGUCUUUUCCUACGUGAUGAUCAUAUUUAAAGUCAAGUCUUCUGCAAAAGAGGUCUCAAACUUUGACGCCCGGAUCAAUAACAGCCAUAACCUGGAGAUGAAACUCACCAAGGUGGCGAUGCUGAUCUGUGCAGGCUUCUUGAUAGCCUGGAUCCCGUAUGCGGUCGUGUCCGUGGUGUCGGCGUUCGGGGAGCCGGACUCCGUGCCCAUCCCUGUUUCUGUUAUUCCUACCCUGCUCGCCAAAUCCUCCGCAAUGUACAACCCGAUCAUCUACCAGGUGGUAGACCUGAAGAACUCUUGCUCGUCCUCCUGUUUGAAGGUCCUGGGUAAGCGCAGGCACUUUCGAAAGUCCAGGGGUGCUGAGCCUAUCCCAGCUGCACUCGGGGGGAAGUCGCCAACUCGUAGACAACGUUCACAGUCACAUUCACACACUAGCGAGCAUUUAGUGUUGCCAAUCAACCUAUCCCCAGGUGCAUGAAAGCUUCUAAAAACUCAAUAAAGUUAAAUAGAAAACAACUGAGUACGGCUGCUUCCCUUACGGACCUCUGCUGAAGGGUCUUACGGUUAAAAAACAAUGAUUCAGACGAGAUCUCAAUGAUUUAGUUACGUCACGCAGUUUUUUUCCGAUAUCGAUAAACAUGAUCUCAAACAACUGAAGCGCCUAAAGUAUUGAUAUUUCCAUUGGAAUAUGAGAAUCAGCACCUCCAAGUCCGAGUCCAUGGUUCUCGCCCGGAAAAGGGUGGAGUGCCAUCUACGGGUUGGGGAGGAGACCCUGCCCCAAGUGGAGGAGUUCAAGUACCUAGGAGUCUUGUUCACGAGUGGGGGAAGAGUGGAUCGUGAGAUCGACAGGCGGAUCGGUGCGGCGUCUUCAGUAAUGCGGACGUUGUACCGAUCCGUUGUGGUGAAGAAGGAGCUGAGCCGGAAGGCAAAACUCUCAAUUUACCGGUCGAUCUACGUUCCCAUCCUCACCUAUGGUCAUGAGCUUUGGGUCAUGACCGAAAGGAUAAGAUCACGGGUACAAGCGGCCCAAAUGAGUUUCCAGGUCUCUCCCUUAGAGAUAGGGUGAGAAGCUCUGCCAUCCGGGAGGAACUCAAAGUAAAGCCGCUGCUCCUCCACAUGGAGAGGAGCCAGAUGAGGUGGUUCGGGCAUCUGGUCAGGAUGCCACCCAAACGCCUCCCUAGGGAGGUGUUUAGGGCACGUCCAACCGGUAGGAGGCCACGGGGAAGACCCAGGACACGUUGGGAAGACUAUGUCUCCCGGCUGGCCUGGGAACGCCUCGGGAUCCCCCGGGAAGAGCUAGACGA